AUGAAGUACCUCACCCUCUUCCUGGCACUCGUUGCCGUGGCCACUGCAUACAACAACACGACGGCAGAAUACAAGCUCCAGACCAGACUCAAGCUUGCAGACUACAGCAAGCAGGACUUUGAUGGCCUUUACCUCGGUGGCUACCACGUUGGUGCCGGACAGAGUGAUGUCGUUUUCAGUGACGAGCCACCACUCGGCAAUGCAUCCCUGGCAUUCACCAAUGUCACUGCGAAUGGCACCACCUACUCCAACCAGCUCUUCGAUCUCGGCAAUGACUUUCCUUGGGGUCUCGUUAUGGUGCCUAUCGAACAGUUCUACUCUGCAUGGCAGCCGGUGGAGCUGAACGCUGGUGCUACUGGGUCUCGCUACGAUGUAACUGGCUUCUUCAUCAACGAGACUGGCUUGCAGUGGACCAGUAGCCCGGAGCAGGUGGGCACUGAGAACGAUCAGUUUGGAGGUUGGCUGAUCUGUGACUGGUGGCAUGGGGCACCACAGCUGUUCUUCAGAAUCAGCUAUUACUCGGGCUAUGAGGCACCAGCAAGCUGUGCGGAUGUGUACCUCAUGCCGCAGUACAUCUGA